AUGGCGGGUAGAGGUUACCCCUCGAGAGACGGACCUGAGCAGUCUAACUAUCCUUCGCCUCCGGGUGACGACGAAGAGAGGCGGUCACAGUAUCCCUUGCCGCCAUUAACGACCACCAACAUGGCGAUGCACCCAUCGGCCCCGGCCCCAGCUCCGGCCAACGGCUAUCCCCACGAUCAGCGCUACCCAGAUCAAAGAUUCGGGGCCGGACAGAGGUACCCCCAAGAUCCAAGAGGGGAUCCCAGAGGCGACCCCAGAGGCGCCUGGACAGAUGCACGGGCUCAAACGAAUAAUGGAUACGGCUCGCCGAAUCCACCGCCUCCCGGUAGCUAUCCCCCGUUGUCUGCGACUCAUCCCCCCGGAUACGCCCCGCCGAAUUCGAAUCCGCCCGCGGGUGGAUUUGCUCCCCCGACUUCGCAGUACCAACUGCCGCCAGUUCAAGCCGCACAAGAUCAAAGACCGUAUGACGACAGAAGGCCUUAUGAUGAGAGGGGACAGUACCCAGACAGAGGCAUGCCGUCGGAUCCAUACUACCAGCAGGGUCCACCACACCAGGGACGCGGCGGCGGGUAUGGUGCAGACGUAUAUCAGUAUCGUUAUCCUCCGGCGCCCAACUACCCAUACGGACCCGGUGCUCCUGCGGCCCCCCCGCCUCCGCAGCCGCAACAAGCUGCUCCGCGUCAACGGACCUCGAUCGCGUGCAAGUAUUGCCGGAAAAGGAAGAUCCGAUGCAGUGGGUAUCAGAAUACGACGAAUGGCAAGUGUUCCAACUGCGACAAACUGCGUAUCGACUGCAUCUUUCAACCUGUCAGCAGCAAUCCAUCGACGGCAUUUGUUCCCGUAGCAGCGGUGGCAGGCGGUGUUCCUCCUGGAACACCACUGUUUGGAGCAUAUGGUCAGCCUCUGCCUUCUUCUGCGCAGCCACAGCCGCAGCCGCCGCCGCCUCGUGGCUAUCCGCACCCGGCAUCAGAGUACCCUCCCCCACCACAAGUUCAAUCACCUAGUCUCCAUUACCCGCCGUUCGAUGACAGAGAUGCCAGUCGCCGGAGACCUCGCCCACAAGAUGAGGAACAUGCGAUGCGGCUACCUCCCCCAAACAACGCUCGCGACGAUGAUCCCCGGCGCAGGUCCCCAGCUUCCAUCCACAGCAAUGGAACACCGCCGAUCUAUCAGCAACAAUAUCCUCAGGGUGGCUAUGAACCAGAUAGGUCGCCCACUCCUCACAGGAAUAGCCCCGGUAACCCCGCGCCGACUAUUCCGUCACAGCCAAGCGCACGUCCUGGAAUUCUUCCUCCCAACGCCCCGAACCCGAUGAGCUUGGAUCGGUUUUUAGAGAAUGACUCCCACAGAGACACGAAUAGGAUUGACCGCGAUAUGCUCGGCAGGCUCAACAGGCGCAGCUAG